GCAAGAAAGGAGACUUCAACCCCUUCAACUAUCCACUUCCUUCACUAUAUAUAUAAGGCAAGCUAGCUAGGUAAAUAACAUCACCAAAGGCUAAGAAAUAGAAUUAGCUAGGGACAAGAUGAACAACAAAAGCAUGAAUAAUGUAAACCACCUUCUUCUUCUCCUCCUUUUCUUUGUUGUAACCGUAGUUUCCCAAGGCCAUGCACCCUUCUCCAUAGUCAAAGAGAAGGUCACACACCUUCAUUUCUUCUACCAAGAAAGACUCACUGGAGACAACCCUACUGCCGUGCUGGCUGCCAAGCCCAAAGACACCAGAGUCGAUCCCUCAAAUCUUUUACCAUUUGGGGCAGCGUAUGUCCUUGAGGCACCUCUCACUGAAGGGCAAGACCCAAACUCAAAGGUUGUAGGAAAAGCACAAGGACUUGGAGUGUCUGCAGAUCAGGACACCACCAUAGUUGUGUUUAUGGUGGACUAUGGGUUCACUUCCGGUGAGUUCAGUGGUAGUUCUUUCAGUGUGAUGUCAAGAAACCCAUUAUUGGAAACAGACAGAGAACUUGCUAUUGUUGGUGGCCGUGGGAAGUUUAGGAUGGCACGUGGGUUCGCUACUCUACAUACAAACUACAUGAAUAUUACUUCCGGGUUUUUUACUGUUGAGUAUCAUGUUGUUCUUUUUCAUUAUGAAUAAGAAUAACUAGUUAGUGUGAUAUUCAUGGCUUUGGCUAUGGGCUUCUUAUUUCCUUGAAUAAAUUCAGUGUUGUAAUAUUACUUUUGUAAGUCUGUAAGUGUCGAUGUUAUGAAUAAUAAGAGAUUUUCAAGAUGUUGUUUGAUUUU